GGUGGCCCACCUACCUAUGCGAAGAUGUGGAAACUCAACAGCUGCACUCCUGGUAUGAUAGCAUUUGGUGUGACUUCGAUAAUCUUCAUGCUAUCCCCAAAUCAAGAAUUCUCCGGGGAUGGUAUUGGAGCCAUUUCUUCGAUCCCUUACCACACCAUCUUCCGCGCCGUGAAAAGAUUCUUCAUCGUCAAGUGGACCCAUGAACGCAUCAAAGCCAUUGUGGGACAAAUCAACGGUUAUGUCUUUGACAAUGUUGCUCAGACAGAGGAGGACGAUACCUCAGGCCAGCCUGAAGACAUGGUUGAUCGUGUCAUGGCAGCAUUAGACGAUUCAGAUAGCAGUUCGGAUAAAGACCCCGUU